AUGGCGGGCCGGGCGUUCGAAGAUGCUUCUGGUGGGAAGCGCGAUGCUUGGAGUUCGUUAAUCCGGGUCUGGCUGGACAUCUGUGCGGCGAACAGGUUGUUAAGACGGUUGUCUGUGCCUUGCGCGAAGUUGUCGAGCCGUGAUAGCAAGAUUUUGCUCAGAAGAACUAGGACGCUCUUGUGCCGAGCGUUGUCAGGUGGGCGGUUGGUCGGCCCGAUGAAAUUAUGUGCCGAGAUCGGCUCGUUCUGGUCCUCUGGUCGGCGGGGGCCGAUGAAUGUUUCGUGCUGCCGGGCUGUCAUGCUGCAGCUGGUGGGAGAGAUCGGUAUUCGACUACCGAUUGAUGCCGAUCCGCUUUGCGUAGAGAAAUGUCUCGAUGCCCCACGGUGGGCGCCAAUUGUAAGAGUUGAGAUGGUUCGGUUUGGCAAAACAAGUAAUGAGGGGAUGUGGGUCGAGACUUUCGUAUUAAAAGUAAGCGGGAUCGGCAAUUACAAUGAGAUCGGUCAAAAGACGAUCUCUUUUAAAAUAAGACAGAGCUCGGCAAAGGAGAUGCAGCUCGGCAAUUAUGAUAUGUUAAAUGCUAAGCUUUCUCUCUCUAGCUCUCUCUCAUUACUGUCCCGUCAAUAG